AUGAAACCAACGACUGCCCAGUGUUGCUUCGGCUUUCUUCUGACUUGCCUCUUGUUUGGGUUCAGCUUUUCACAAUCAGUAUGUGCUGGAACAGAGAACAAGCUGAGCACGCUGUCAGACCUGGAGCAGCAGUAUCGCACUCUGAGGAAAUACUAUGAGAGCUGUGAAGUUGUAAUGGGCAACCUCGAGAUCACAAGCAUCGACCGCAGUCGUGACCUCACCUUCCUCAGAUCUAUCCGAGAAGUGACAGGCUAUGUGUUGGUGGCUCUGAACCAGUUUGACUACCUGCCAUUAGAGAAUUUGAGAAUCAUCCGAGGAACGAAGCUAUAUGAGGACCGCUACUCGCUUGCAAUCUUCCUCAAUUACAGACGUGAUGGAAACUUUGGUCUGCGCCAGUUGGGUCUAAAAAAUCUCACAGAGAUCCUAAGUGGAGGCGUUUAUGUUGACCAAAACAAAUUCUUGUGCCAUGCGGACACAAUUCAUUGGCAAGAUAUUGUCAAGAACCCCCGGAUCCAACCUGUGGUGGUGCCCACCAACAGCAGUGUCACAUGUCAGAAGUGCCACCGUUCAUGCAAUGGUCGGUGCUGGGGACCCAAAGAGGACCAGUGCCAAAGCUUAACUAAGACAGUGUGUGCGGAGCAGUGUGAUGGCCGUUGCUUUGGUCCCUUUGUUAGCGACUGCUGCCACCGUGAGUGUGCAGGUGGCUGCUAUGGUCCAAAGGACACAGACUGCUUUGCCUGCACCAACUUUAAUGACAGUGGGGCAUGUGUGACUCAGUGUCCUCAGCCAUUUGUCUACAACCCUACCACCUUCCAGCUGGAGCAUAACCCCAGGGCAAAGUACACCUAUGGAGCUUUCUGUGUCAAGAAGUGUCCACAUAACUUUGUGGUAGACCACAGCUCCUGUGUGAGAGCAUGCCCCAGUAACAAGAUGGAGGUGGAGGAGAAUCGCAUUAAGAUGUGCAUCCCUUGUACUGACAUCUGUCCAAAAGCAUGUGAUGGUAUAGGUACAGCCAGCCUACAGACUGCUCAGACAGUGGACUCCAACAACAUUGACAAGUUUGUCAACUGCACCAAAAUCAAUGGCAACCUGGUGUUCCUCAUUACUGGAAUCAAAGGGGAUGUCUACCAUAACAUUGAAGCUUUGGACCCAGAAAAACUCAAUGUAUUCCGCACUGUUCGGGAAAUUACAGGUUUUCUAAACAUCCAGUCAUGGCCUGACAACAUGACAGACUUGAGUGUUUUCUCCAACCUGGCAACUAUUGGGGGAAGAGCGUUGUACAGUGGGAUCUCUCUGCUGGUGUUGAAGCAGCCGGGGAUCACAUCACUUCAGCUUCAGUCUCUGAGAGAGAUCAGUGCUGGGAAUGUCCACAUUGCAGAGAACAGCCAGCUUUGCUACUACAGUACUGUCAAUUGGACAAGACUGUUCCAUGCUACAAACCAAAAGGUUCUCAUUCGCAACAACAGAAGUCCACAGGAGUGCUCCAAGGAGCGCAUGGUGUGUGACCCACUGUGUUCAGAUGCUGGUUGCUGGGGUCCCGGCCCAGACCAAUGCCUGUCCUGCCGAUACUUCAGUCGUGGACGAACAUGUGUACAAACCUGCAAUCUUUAUGAGGGGGAUAUUCGAGAAUAUGCCAAUGGGUCAGUGUGUGUGGAGUGUGAUGCCCAGUGUGAAAGAGCUGAUGAAGACUCUUUGACCUGCCACGGCCCGGGCCCAGAGCAUUGUGUGAAAUGCCUUCAUUUCAAAGAUGGUCCAAACUGUGUGGAAAAGUGUCCCGAUGGCCUGCAAGGUGCCAACAGCUUCAUUUUCAAGUAUGCUGAAGCCAACAACGAAUGCCAUCCCUGUCAUGCUAACUGCACCCAAGGGUGCAUUGGACCAAGACUUCAAGACUGCAUCGGCUGGAUGGACAGAACCCCUUUGAUUGCAGCAGGAGUAAUCGGAGGCCUGUUCAUGGUGGUGAUCAUGGUACUUAGUGUAGCAGUGUCUGUGCGCCGGAAGAACAUUAAGAAAAAGAGGGCCCUUCGCCGGUUCCUGGAGACUGAGUUGGUGGAACCUUUAACACCCAGUGGAACAGCACCCAAUCAAGCCCAGCUUCGCAUCUUGAAAGAAACAGAACUGAAAAGAGUCAAGAUCCUCGGCUCCGGGGCUUUUGGGACUGUUUACAAGGGUAUCUGGGUCCCAGAGGGGGAAACUGUGAAAAUUCCUGUUGCCAUUAAAAUCCUAAAUGAGGCCACAGGACCCAAGGCUAAUGUGGAAUUCAUGGAUGAGGCUCUAAUCAUGGCUAGCAUGGAGCACCCGCACCUGGUCCGACUGCUGGGUGUCUGCUUGAGUCCCACAAUCCAGCUGGUCACGCAACUGAUGCCUCAUGGGUGCCUGCUUGACUAUGUCCACGAGCACAAAGACAACAUCGGAUCACAGCUGUUGCUCAAUUGGUGUGUUCAGAUAGCCAAGGGAAUGAUGUAUCUGGAGGAGCGUAGGCUGGUUCACAGGGAUUUGGCAGCCCGAAACGUUCUGGUCAAAUCUCCUAACCACAUCAAGAUCACUGACUUUGGCCUGGCUCGCCUACUGGAUGUCAAUGAAAAAGAAUAUAAUGCUGAUGGAGGAAAGAUGCCCAUUAAAUGGAUGGCGCUCGAGUGUAUUCAUUACAGGAAGUUUACUCAUCAGAGUGACGUUUGGAGUUAUGGUGUAACCAUUUGGGAGCUGAUGACCUUUGGAGGGAAGCCAUAUGAUGGGAUUUCUACCAGAGAUAUCCCAGAUCUUUUAGAGAAGGGAGAGCGUCUUCCUCAACCACCCAUCUGCACUAUUGACGUUUACAUGGUCAUGGUCAAAUGCUGGAUGAUUGAUGCAGACAGUCGACCCAAGUUCAAGGAGCUGGCUGCUGAGUUCACACGAAUGGCUCGAGAUCCCCAGAGAUAUCUGGUCAUCCAGGGAGAUGAUCGCAUGAAGCUGCCCAGCCCCAGUGACAGCAAGUUCUUCCAGAGCCUCUUGGAUGAGGAGGAACUGGAGGACCUGAUGGAUGCUGAGGAGUACCUGGUGCCUCACACCUUCAACAUUCCUCCACUUGCAUACACUCCUCGCACAAGGAUGGACUCCAACAAGAACCAGUUUGGCUGUCAAGAUCCCAGUUUCAGCAUGGAGGAUAUGCUGGCCACCGUGCCAAGAGUCAUCUCUGGUCCUUCUGUGUCUGGAAGCUGCCUCCCUCCACAGGAACUUGCCUCAGGAGGGAAAAUUGCUGGUGGAUUUGGUCGUGGCAACCAGGAUGACCCUCGCUGCAAUGGCACCCUGAGGAAACAAGCAUCCCCAAGGUCGAGCACCCUUGAGGCUGUCUCAGCUCUCACCACAGGGCAAGGCGGAGGUGAGGAUAGUAAUGGACAGCGUUACAGUGCUGAUCCCACUGGUCUUUUAGCAGAGCGAGGAGCAAAAGGAGAUGCCAUGAGAGACAAGAACAAUACAGAUUAUCUCAUCCCUGUAGAGGAAAACCCCUUUGUCACACGGCGUAGGAAUGGUGAUGCCCACACAGUGAUUGAUGGCGCUAGCUGCCACACUCUGCAUUUGGCUGGAGCCGCCGCUGCCCCCAAAAGCCAAUCCACUCAUGGUGAUGAUGAGUAUGUCAACGAGCCACUGUACCUGAAUACCCUCCUCAACGCUGGGGCCAAGAAUGGAUUGGCUGGCGCAGUCUCCAUCUCUGGCUCUGGAUCCUCUGUUGCACAAUCAGUACUGCAGACAGUCAACCCAUCAACAUCAAGCCACACCGUCUCCUCCACUGGAUAUGUGGUACCCCCUGGCCACCUCCCCCACCCAUCGUAUCCAUCACACACCCUGCAUCCAGGGCAUUCAGGACACGCUCUGCACUCAGGCAUCACCAGCAGCACCAUUAUGUUUGAUAAGAAAGGCAAGAAAGCCACUUUUGACAAUCCUGAAUACUGGCAGCACAGUCUCCCCCCCAAGUCCUCACUGCACAACCCUGAGUACCUGCAGGACUGCAGCACACGCUUCUUCUACCGCCAGAAUGGACGCAUUCGCCCUGCUGUGGCUGAAAACCAGGAAUAUCUGUCAGAGGCUGCUAUGAAAUCAGGCAAUGUAUUGCCACCCCCUCCAUACAGACAGAGGAACACUGUGGUGUAGUGACCCACCUGUAGCACAUUAGCGAGGAAUAAAGGGAUAUGGGUGGAGAUGAAUGGACAGUAAACCGUCCUCACUUUUCCAUGCUGUUCUUCUCAAACUGGAUUCGUCUUUCAUGGUUCCUUAACACCUCUCUUUGUCAUGU